UGUUAGGAAGUUGAAUAAAAGCCAAUACUUUUUGUUCCACCUUUCCCUUUUGUUAUUGGAAGAAAAAUUAUCGUCACUAAUGACGUCAAAAUUUGAGUAGUUAACAAGCGAGUUAAUAUAAAGAGUCUGUGAAUUUUCAUUCGCGCCUGGAUAUUUACCUUUUUAAAAACAAUUUUCCUUAUGUCUUUCUUCGCGCUUUAAGAACUUCCUUCGAUCCUUUUUUAAAAUAAGCAACACUGCUGUGCAGUUCACUUUUUAGCUUAUGCGUUCUUAAUUUUCAACCUCAGUUUAAGUUUUAAGUUUCACUUAGAAAAUGCCGGACUUAGCUUUGAACGGAAUUUUAGAAAAUCAAGAUAAAGUUUUAAAUCAAAAUACAACAAUGCCUGCGAUCCAGUCUGUCAAAACUCGCUUGCAAAACUUGGAAAUAAGAAACUUAGAAGAUUAUAACAAAUUGUAUAAGCUUUCCAUUGAAAAUCCUGAAGUUUUCUGGUUAACAGUUGCUAACGAAUUCGUUUGGAGAACGAAACCAAAUCAAAAUUGCUGCAGCUUUAACUUUGAUCCAAGAAAAGGUCCGAUUUCCAUCAAAUGGAUGGAAAAUGGUGAAACGAAUAUCUGUUACAAUGCAUUAGAUUAUAAUGUCAACAAUGGAUUUGGCAACAAAAUUGCUUAUUACUGGGAAGGCAACAACAGCCAUGAAAGGAAAUCUGUCACUUACCGACAACUUCUCAAAUUGGUGUGCAAAUUUUCUAACGUCUUAAAAGAAAAAGGCAUCAGAAAAGGUGACAGAGUAACCAUUUACAUGCCAAUGAUAAUUGAAGGCGUUGUCGCCAUGCUGGCUUGCACAAGAAUUGGAGCUACACAUAACGUUGUGUUUGGUGGUUAUUCAUCUGAUUCCCUGACUGAAAGAAUGAUGGAUUCUAAGAGUUCUCUUUUAGUUACUGCAGAUGGAUUUUAUAGAGGAAACAAAUUGAUAAACUUGAAAAACAUUGCUGAUUCUGCCAUUCACCAGUGUUCAAUCAAAAAUCUUCAAGUAAAGUGUAUAGUUGUCAAAACCUUGGGAGAUACUGUCAACAAUAACAUGAACUAUAAUUCCAACCAAACAAUAAAUUCUCCAAAUGUCCAGAUUCCUUGGAACAGUGAUAGUGAUUUCUGGUGGCACGAAGAGAUGGAAAAAGCUUCUAUUAACUGCGAACCAGAGUGGGUUGAAUCGGAACAUCCGCUAUUUAUUCUUUACACCAGUGGCUCCACGGGCAAACCAAAAGGUGUGCUACAUACUGCUGCCGGAUACAUGAUCUAUGCUGCCACCACAUUCCAGUUUGUGUUUGCACACAAACCUACAGACGUGUACUUCUGUACGGCCGACAUUGGCUGGAUUACUGGACAUACUUAUGGGGUGUACGGCCCUCUUCUUCAAGGAGCCACGUGUGUUCUGUUUUCAGGAGUCCCCACCUACCCCGACCCAGGCAGGUACUGGGAGAUCGUGGAACAUUACAACGUUAGCAAAUUCUAUACGGCACCGACGGCUGUCAGAACACUCAUGAAAUACGGUGAUUCGUACGUAAAGAGUUAUAAUCUGGAGUCACUGGAAGUGCUUGGAUCCGUAGGCGAACCAAUCAACCCCGAAGCAUGGCAAUGGUACCACAAAGUGGUAGGAAAUGAAAAAUGUUCCAUCGUAGAUACUUACUGGCAGUCUGAAACGGGUGGACACGUUAUUACACCUUUACCAAAGUGCACACCCUUAAAGCCAGGCUCAGCGACCCUUCCAUUUUUCGGUGUUGUUCCUAUUCUUCUAAAUGACCAUGGCAAAGAGAUUGAAGGACCGGGAGAAGGUUACUUGGCUUUUAAAAGACCAUGGCCUGGAAUGAUGAGGUGCUUAUUUGGAAACCCUGAAAGAUUCGAAGCUACCUAUUUCACGAAGUUUCCUGGCUAUUACUGCACAGGCGAUGGCGCCAGGAGAGAUUCUGAUGGUUAUUUUUGGAUCACUGGAAGAAUGGACGAUAUGUUGAAUGUGUCCGGACAUCUCUUAUCGACAGCAGAAGUGGAAUCUGCUUUGGUCGAACAUACAUCAUGCGUCGAAUCUGCUGCCGUAGCUCUACCACACCCUGUGAAAGGAGAAUGCCUUUACUGUUUUGUCGUACUUACUGAGGCAGCCUCACAGAGUUCAGAACUUACGAAUAAACUGAGAGAACAAGUGCGAUCGAAAAUUGGCACCUUUGCCUCGCCAGACUACAUCCACUACGCUAAUGCCCUUCCAAAAACCAGAUCUGGUAAAAUCCUUCGAAGAAUACUCAGGAAGAUUGCAAAUGAUGACAGAGAACUUGGCGACUUGAGCACCGUUGCUGAAGAAUCUGUCAUUCAAGAACUUUUCGACACCAGACCAGCAGCUGUUGGGGUGGCAUGACGCUUUCCAGUUGUAGCACGCCAGAACCAGAUGCAUUUGUAAAUGUUUAUUGUAUAGUUCAAGAGGAUGCACAUUCCAAUUUUUUUAAAGUAAGAAAUAAUCCAAAAAAAGAUUUGAUAGAGCGAUUUUCACACUCUCCACACUUUCCGCACCCCGUUACCAUAGUUUCGGGAAAUCUUGUUCAUUUCCUCCACUCAAGUAUAUUCCAACUUCUUACUGCAGUAGAAAAGAGUAAAAUUCCUCUCAAUUGUGGUAGCGAAGAUGGGGAAAAGUUUGGAGAGAGGUGGAAUUGCUUAAUAUUGAGACACUUAUGUUAUUAACAAAGAGUAUAAGUAAAUUACGAAAUUAAACUCUUUUAAAUAUUUUAAUCAAUUUAAAAAGUGUAGAUAAUGAGUGAUGUAAUUGGAAUGUGUUGAAUUGAAAGUUAUGUUUAGUUGUUGUUGAUGAAAGUAUUUGUACAUAGUGUUUAAAACAAUGUCCAGUUGUAUUUUACAAUAAAGUAUUUUUUUCCCCACUUCAA